UUUCCAUUCUAGCUAUUUCAACUUACAAUGGCGUCUUUAGCUGAAACAGAGAUCAUUACCAGAUUCCAGAAAUACCUUCAAAUCGACACCGUGCAGCCAAAUCCUGAUUACAUCGCAGCCGCAGAUUUCAUAAUCUCCGAGGCUAAAUCAAUCUCUCUCGAAUCUCAAUCAAUCGAAUUCGUUCAAGGGAAACCAAUCGUUCUCCUGAAAUGGAUUGGUUCAGAUCCUUUGUUACCUGCGAUUUUGUUGAACUCGCACGUCGAUGUCGUCCCCUUUGAGGAAGACAAGUGGGAUCAUCCUCCGCUCGGAGCAGAAAUCGAUGAAGACGGCAAAAUAUACGCAAGAGGAACUCAAGACAUGAAGAGCGUUGGGAUGCAGUACUUAGAAGCCAUUCGUAAGCUCAGAGCUUCUGGAUUUAAGCCACUUCGAUCGGUUUAUGUCUCAUUUGUUCCAGAUGAAGAGAUCGGUGGCAUUGACGGGGUUGGCAAGUUUGUGGAAUCGGAUAUCUUCAAGAGCUUGAACAUUUCCAUUGUCCUCGACGAAGGCUUACCAUCUCCAACGGAGAGCUACAGGGUUUUCAACGGAGAGAGGAUUCCAUGGUCGCUUCAGAUAAAAGCUGUUGGACAACCUGGCCAUGGUUCAAAGCUCUAUGAUGACUCAGCCAUGGAGAAUCUCACUAAAAGCAUUGAGAGUAUAAUGAGAUUCAGAGCUUCUCAGUUUGAUCAGCUCAAACACAAAGAAUGUUUGAAGGGUGAAGGCGAUGUUAUCUCUGUCAACAUGGUUUUCCUCAAAGCUGGCACUCCUACUCCAGAUGAUGGAUUUGUAAUGAACCUCCAACCAUCUGAGGCGGAAGCUGGUUUCGACAUUCGUGUCCCACCCGCUGCUGAUCCUGAAGCACUAGAAAGACGUUUAGUAGGGGAAUGGGCACCUCCUGCCCGAAACAUGUCCCUUAAGCUAUGGCGGGGAGACCAGGAGUUAGCAAGAAAGCAGUUUGUUACAGCAACAAAUGAUUCAAAUCCAUGGUGGGGACUCUUAGAAAAUGCUGUGAAAGAAGCUGGAGGGAAUACUAGUAAGCCUGAGAUUUUCCCUGCAUCAACAGAUUCUCGGUAUUUCCGAAAAGCAGGCUUGCUUGCCAUUGGGUUCUCUCCUAUAUCAAACACUCCGAGUUUGCUUCAUGAUCAUAAUGAGUAUCUGAGUCAAUCUGAGUACUUGAAGGGCAUCAAUAUGUAUGUUUCAAUCCUCAAGGCUUACACAUCAUAUGCUUUACCUGAAUGAGAGUGUUUCAAGAGAUGAGCUUCAAUGGUCACUUGAUGCUGUAUCAUCAAUAAGAAUAAAACUCAAUCAUGCUACCAAAUGAAAUUGGUGGCAAUCAAACUUGCAUUUGUAUGUUAUUAGAACAAAGGGUUUCCAAAAGUAAACUUGUUAUUUCUUG